AUGAGAUCAGGUCAGUUGCGAAUUCUAUUCUUGCGCAUCUAGUCGAUGCGAAUCACUGAGUCGAUGCCGAAUAAACUUUUCAGGUUGUCCACCGAACUUCCCCAAAAGCCUAUGCCUAGGGGUUUUAGCAACAGUCGAAGUGGUGGCUGUUCGGCUAGCAAAUUCAGCGUUAUAUUGUGAAAAGACGUCGACACAGGCGCUCUGUCUCCCAUGGUCAACACCGACCCCAGAUGGUGGUCACACGCCAUCCUAGCUGCCUGGUGACAGUGAUCUGGGCUCCACGUACCCGACUUACAAACGUCGCUCACAGCCUAUGCCACCCCUCAUGCCCCAAUGACCGCAACACUCCGACCUCGUAUUACGGGCGGUGUGGAAGCGAUGAGUAUCACUAACCCGUAAGACACGUAUAAACCCUGUCCACGCCUUACGUUCUAAUAUUCUAUGUGACUGUAUGGGCCUGAUGACGAACUACCGAAAACACCUGCUUGCCAACUCGACUUUCCAAAUCUGACGCUAUCUAAUCCACCACGACACACUAAAUGUCGUGGCCUGGAAGGUUGCCGGCAGCCGGAGUAACUGGUUCCCUCUCAGGACUGAGUCAGGCUGUAAUGGCUCCCUCUCAUCGCGGCCUUUGUUGCAUUCUCACUGAGAUGAUAGUUGAGCCGCUCCUACUGAAGGCCCGGCAGAUUAUAUGACCAGGGCGUCUUGCGGGGGCACGCGUUGACGGACCACCUUAUAUUGUCUGUCAUCGCUCCCACGGUCAUUUCCAGUCGUCAUGACAUUGUAUUGCCAUCGGAGCAAAGUGGGUGGAGGAAAUAGAGGUGCGAUAGGUACUGCCCAAGUCUGCCCAACUAUAGGCUGAUUCACGCGUAAGUUGCCGAUGCAUCGUCCGCACACUGAGGCGGACCUGGUGGGCGUCGUGACUCGUAACAGUUGCAUCGUCCUCAUUGAGUGAGAAGUCAUCAACAACUGUGAUACCACCUGCCGUGCCCCUUGGAGACAUUGGCGAAGGUCUGCAAGAGGGCUUGCUGCCCUAAAGUUACUAAAGCAGGUGGUAGUGUGUUUCAGAAUGCGUCUGCCAGUGCUUUAUAAAGCAGGAUUUUUACGGGGGUUGGGGACAAAUGCGCAUCCCUGACUGCCCCCAUUCGUUUUCGCGAUGGCAAGAACCAUAGGACGAAGAUGAUUACCUAGCUGCGACAUGAGUGGACUGUCAAACGAGCAGUCAGGGACCGUGCAGUAGUAAUGCAUUCAGACUUGGCUGGGCACAGACCUCGUAGAUUGUUUGCUCAUGAAAGAAGAACAACCCAUAGCUGUACGUCGACACGACGAAUGCUGCCUGUCAUCUAAUUAUGCUCCAUCCGCCACUCGGGGAGACCUGAAGGGGGUAGACGGAGACGGCCCCUCAGAAUCCAAUAGCAUGCCCCUUCCAGACUACCCGUGCGAAACACCUGUUCGGUGAUCCGUGGCUUUACUUAACUUCCAGGCGUUCAGUUCACCAUGAUCCGGACGUCCUUGCUCUACUUGGCAAAUGAUUUUGGCGUCUUAGAGGGCGCUUUCCUGUCCAUCAACAGCAGCAACGUCUAUCGGACCACCCUCACGUGCGGACGCAGUUGCCUACCAGUCCGUCAUGCUGAGUGCGUCUGAAGAACCAUGUCUAGAGUGCGAAUCCCCGUGUCGUCCUGUGCGUGAAUUUCUCUGCUGGGCAACGGCCGAGCUUCAUAGUCAUUCGGUCGCCUGUCUUUGCUAUAUUCCCCGUUAUCCGUCGCUCCGGUUAUAAAAGCCUUGAAUGACUGGUUUCUUGGAAGUCUUAUUCCUUACCACAGAAGGGUUAUUUAUUCAUUCCACCACCUUCACAGUAACGUCCUCUCGGUACUUGCAUUGCUCUGCCGACAGUAUGUACACGUGUCAUGAGCCGAUGUGAGUCGGUUUUUGUCUAAGGCAAUUGUAGCGUGGCCCGUUUUGCUGGAGCGUAUACUCACGCAGUUGGCAGUCCAUGCACAGGCAGUAGGUGGCGUACCGCAUGAAACGUUAACCGAAAUACUGAAAUGUUAUUUUGGUUGGUAAAAAUUACUUGUGCGGUUUUAAUGCUGUGUAUGAGACAGCAUAAUUGUACGAUGUUUUUGGUAGAUUUUGAAUAAUUCAUAUUGACCCAAUUGUGAAAAACUCGGCGCCUCGAUGGCAUUCGAACCCACGCAGUAAGCGGAAGGUUUUACUGCAGUCAACGCUCUAACCACCUGAGCUACGUGAGCCUGGUAGUCAUCUGGUGGAUUCUAGGUGAAUUCCGUAGGAAAUCCUGCCUGGGCAGUCAACUUAAUUUAUCAGAUUUGGUGGGUUCCAGACGUUGCAGUAAGUUGGGCGGGUGAAUUAACCCAAAUAUGAUUAAACUCGCGUCGUCCGGCGGGGCCUCGUAGCUCAAGUGCUUUGAGCGUUGGCUGUACUAAAGCCUUCCCCUUACUGUGUGGGUUCGAAUCCCACCGAGGCGCUGAGUUUUUCACAGUUGGGUCGAUAUGAAUAAUUGUAAGACAUUUCAGUCACACCAGACUGCUGCCAUUUGAAUGCUUACCUUUUCGGCUGCCUGACGAAAACCCCAUUAAGUGAAAAUGACUGCGUAUAUAACAUGAAUUUUAUCCAUUGAUUUUAAAUACCCCUGUAUAUCCAAAUAUAUUUCAUAGAAAGCGUGCACAAAAAUAUCCUUCCCUGGGCCCCUUUUAUAGUAAAGGACGUUUUCUUGCAAUCUUAUAUUCCAGUUCUUCCAAACAAUAUUUUGCACCACCGGUUUAUUUUGAACCAAACCCGCCGUUUUCUUGCGUUCAGAAUUCACAAACUACUAUGAGUACAUUUUUAUGUAGGGAAAACCAUGCAUACCGCUAUGCUGUAAAGAAAAUGCCGUACAUGGCUUAUGAAAUUGGGCAAUGAACAUGGACUACGAGCAUUAUUAAACAGACAGAAACGAUCCUGUUUGGACAGGCAUUUUAUGGCCUUACAGCGUCUCAUAAGUACGAACUUUUAGACCGAAUGAUUCCAUAUCUUCGAUUACAGAGGGCGAAAUGGAUGUGAUUCGGGGCAAAAUCAAUGCAGAAGGGAUAUUUCGCGCAUGCAUUCAGGUACGAUUUUUGCAGGCGACCGGAAAGACGUGCAUUCAAAAGGCGGCUUCUAGGUGUGACUGAAAUGUCUUGGGAUAGUGUUGCAUCGUGCUCAAUAUUACAAGCCUGCUUAAGUAACCCUUUCGAGUUGGAACCUCAAUUCACGGAUUUGCCUAAUGUUUCCCAAAAUACGCCACCUAUUGUCCGGAUGCUUUAAGUGCCUGGCGCGCAAUCGACCUUCAUCGGUGUCCCAAGCCAGGCGAAACACGAUGUAAGCGUUUCGGGGACCUUCUUUUCGAAACGUCAGUUUUGCUUUGGCUGGAGCAACAUGCUACCUCUUCCCUCACUCCGUUCAAACCUUUCGAUCUCUGGUGUUCUGUACUCCGGUUUCAUGGCCGGUCCAGGUGUGGCUUCAUCCCUCUGCUACCUGCACCCCUGCCCAGAUUGUAUCUUUUAUGACAGCCUUCUAGAUAAGUGCCUUUCUUUUCUCUCCUCCAGCUUGGCUUACCCUGAUGGAAACACAGAAGGCAGGCGACAGUGGCGGUCUAACAGAAGCUGAAAGGGUGAUAGUUGAGGGAAAACGGCAGCGAGCUCUGGCCCUACAGCGUGCCAAAGUUGUCGCCAACGACCGGUGAGCUGCCUGUUUAACGUUGCCGUUCAAAGUUCAUUCUCUGGAAUCAUUCUUCCAUUCAAUAUCCCCCAGCCGAUACUCGUAGAAUGAAAACUCAACACAUGUGUGAAUAGGUCUUUUAUACGGUAAUAUCACCAGUGUAGUCCACACGUUUACUCUGAACAGAGAGACAGCCUUUAGAGGAUUAAGGGAUGUUGUGCUUGUUCAGAAGUUUUGACGUACUGGCAUCGACUGUCCUCUGAUUCCCCCUUUUCCAUUAAGUCAUAAUCUUCUUGGUGGCAAAUAAGCCGCAUCAGUACCAAUGCUAGUUUGUCUGAACACCUACGUUGACGCAAUAACGGACUUUUGGGAUAUCGAUGCUCUGAGUUCAUAAUCUUAUAUUCUAGUCUUCAGUGAUUCACCCUUGGGGUUGGGUAUGACUGGUUGAUGACGGCUAAUAAGCCAGAAAUGGCCGUCCCGGUCUCCCUUGUCUUUGUUGGUGCCAUCUCAUCUACAUCUACUACUAGUCGCUGUGCGACUGCCUGCGAAGGUUCUAGUAUGAGCCCCAAUGCACAACGAAAUGAGCACGUUCUGUAACCUGAUCAGUGAGCGCCCAUCUGUCAUAAACGUAUUCCAGUCUGUUCUGGUCUCGCACAUUUGGUAUUCUAAGAGUCGCCGUUGUUUGGUUCUUUUUUGCUGCGUAUUUCUGGCCCGCGAAAUAUCAACGUCCACGCUUGACCCUUGAUCGCGUGGCUGUGCGUGAGAUAUAUCUGAACAAAACAUACUAUUGCGGGAGAUAAGUAGUGUGUUUUGUUUCCAUCCAUUUACAUAGCAGACGGCGGGCGUUCAGAGAUACGGUACUUAAUUUUUUCUCUCCAGCAGGUUUGAAUAUAUAUAUAUAUAUAUAUAUAUAUAUAUAUAUAUGUAUCGUAGACUAGUGGUGGUAUGCACUCCGGGGAGAUAUGAUGAAAAAUGCAGAGGCUUUUCGGAAAAAUCGAGUUGCAUUCGUGAGUAUUCAAGUUGGUGACACCAACCCGUCGUCAGACGAAAUGAAAACAAAAGAGAACGUGAAACAGCCACGUUAGACUAGUUGGGACGACAGGGCAGACGUUGGCAGGCAAUAGUUGUGAAUCGCUUUGCAACAGGACAUUGAGCCCGUGGCGCAAUGGUUUGUGCCUUUACCUUCUAACCAACAGGUCCUGGGUUCGAGUCUCGUGAAUUGCGCACCUCGCUGUUGGGUAUGCCUGGCUGAUGACGACUAACAAGUCAGAAAUGACCAUUCCGUCUCCGUUGUCUUUGUCAGUAAUGUUAUUCUGUCUUUAAUACUAGCCGGUGAGUGGCUGCUGGCGAGACUCAAGGUACAACGGGACGAGUGAGUCCUGUAACGCGGUCGGUGUGCGUCCCUUCGCCUUUUUGAAUUUUGUACGUAACAUUAGGAACCAGAAGAUUUUGAAUACUAUGUCUUGGAAGCUCUCGACGUUGCAAUUUUACCCACCGUUGAUAUAAUUUCUCCAUUUAAAAAUUUUAAGCAGAUUAUAACCCCCUACUAAACUGCAUCUAGUAGUAAUUUUUGAAUAUCCCUCUUGAGGUUUACGACUGAAUGUAUGUGAACUUCGCAAUUAAGGAGGAAAAAUACACGCUUAUAGUGAUGAGAAUACGAUUCGCAGAUAGCAUGCUGAAUAAAUGUGACCGCCUCCCCUUAUUUUGACAAUCCGCGUAUUUUGAAUAUCGGCCUUUUCUUGUCGCCUGUGGUAAUUUUUCGUGCUAAUCGGUAUUGCAACCCCACCUAAGUAAGCAGUUCUCUUCUACAUCAUAUCUGAGAAUUAUAUUCCAGAUCUCUCUCGUUUUGGCCUCCGAAGCCUGCCUAUUUUCGUUUUUUCAAACUGUUACAUUGCGAUUUUAAAUGUCUUCUACAGGAUCGCUAGUUUUGUGGAAUUGCACCCUAUGAUUUUCGCAAAACACCUAAAACUGUAUCCCCAUCCGUCAUUAGACCCGAAUGCUAUAAUAAAACUUCCGUUAUCCAUUAUUUGUAUAAAUCCUUUGUCUGUACCUGUGUGUUUUGAUAAUGUUUAUGUCCUCCAUAUUCUGAAAAUAUGCCAUUACGUAGAGCCCUAGUUCUCGUUUUCCGUACUAUUCGCACUCGGCGCCGUGGUUCUACCCUUUAGCCUUUCGGAGUUUAGCUGAAAUAUUUUAUAGAAAAUUCGACCGUUUUUACAUGCUGCGUUCUCAAAACUGCGCCUUUAUAGCCAUUAAAAUAUUAAAUCUAUGCUUGGCACCAGCGCUUUAUCUGCACUCUCUUGUUUGGAUACUCGUCACUUGAUUGGUCGCGUUGCUGGCACAUUAGUUGUCCAAUCAUUGGACAUUUAGGAAGCACCCACAACGCACAUAUGUUAUUUGCUGAUCUAGACGGCUUCGUGCAACCCUCCUCUUCGCCUAACAUUCUGCCCAUUCAUCCUCCGCUUUUCACAGGCAGGACGUGUACACUAGCUCAAAGAAAAACUUCGCUCUCUCGCAAGCAGUAGAUUCUGGCGCCGGUUUUUUUCUGGAGCCCGAAUGGAGCACCCAGCCUGUGGUUCCUGACCUCUAUGAGAAAUCCGAGGAGGAAGAGGAUGAUAUCGGGAGUGACGUAGAAGUUGGCGGAGGUGGUAGAAAGCGGCGUCGUCGUCGUCGCCAGCAAAAGCGGACUUUGGUAGCAACGCAGGAGACGGCCGUGGGGACGAGAACAGUGGACGAUGCGGCUACGGCUACCGCCGCAUCUGUUGUACCCGUCCCACCAGAUGAGAGUCAAUCUGUCUGUGACGAGUGUGGUAGAUCCUUCGCAGAGUCCUUCCUGUUAAAUAACUUUGACUGCGAAGUCUGUGAUGCAUGCAGGUGAGUGAACUGAGGCAAAGAUUUUUGUCCACCACCACCACCACCACCACCACCACCACCACCACCACCACCACGACUUUUUGCAGCGGUCGAACCAAAGUUUUGGGUCCAUCCUGCUCAGUAUACUCUCUCCAGUCGUGUUAUGGCACAUGUAGACGGAGUCUUUACGCCACGUCAGACGCUGCGCUCAAACUUAGUUUAAGUUACUUUGAUAUUGGUACGGUCGAUGUUUCACAUUUCUCACUCUCUUUAUAAUCCUGCACGCGGUAAUUCCUGCCGCCUUGAAUGUUCCUCUGCCCACGAAACUCACCCCCACAACAAGCUUCUUCGUAAACUCGGUUUAUUCCGGACACUUUUUACCAUAAAAUGGUAUUCUAUGACGUAAUGCGAUCUAGAGAGGUUAUGCUCCCGAAGAAUUUUUCGACAGUGUAUGCAUACUUCUGCCACCUGAUAAAGAGGAUUACAACCCGAUUUAAAAAAGAAGAAAGGAAAGAAUCCAUCCAAAAUUUUUGAAAGAAUAGCCACAGUUUCCUAUCGUUCUUUCCCGAAUGGGAAGUCAGAGGCGGACGUUUACGGAAAGUAUUACUUAUUAGCCUACAAGUAUUUCGGAAGGUAGGGUUAGUGACCAGUUACACGAAAUGGUAGCCGAAAUUCUCAAAUUUGUUCUCAAUUAGGAAGUAUUACUUAAGUGGAGUUGCCAUAAUGAUCACUGCGCAGCAUAGUCCCAAGACAUUUCCGCCACUUCAGGAUGCCGCCUGCGAAAGCCGUACCCAAUUAGUAGGAUUUUUUCCAUCGAUUCUGAUGCCCUAGUAAACACAUAUAUUUUGUUUAAGAAGUGGACAAAAAUGUUCUUCCUGGUACUCAGUUUGAAGCAAAUCACGUCUUCUUCAAAUUUUAUACUUUGGCGAAGGGUAUGUUUAUGUUUUAAACAGUUUUUUUUUCGAUUCCCUUAUAAUUUUGUGCCGGACAUGCUGUUGCAUUUACGUCUAGGGUUCCCGAACUAUAUGCUGUUUACUUUCCAUGAAUGGAAAAUCAUGCAUUCGUUUGUACCAUUUAGCAGAUACUAUAUGAGGCCUAUAAAAUCCUGAAAUGAAUGUGAACUUUCUUGUAUGCUUCAUAAGGAGACUUAUUGAACGGACAGACAUGAUACUUGAAUACCCAUUUUACGCUAUUCAAUAUCUUAUAAUUACAAACUGUCAAAAACCGAAAUAUACCCUUUUUCGAGCACAAAAUCUGAAGACUCGCUUAUCCAUACUCUAAGUGCACAAAGGUACUUUGAGGAUUUUCCCUAUGAAAUGCAUUUUAAGUUUUAAGGGUGACCGUCGACACCCAACCUCAGCUCCGGACGACCCGGAAUUCUAUCCCAGGUUCUCUGUUCAUUGAGCUUUAAGCAGUCCAAUGCUCUAUCAUAGAUCUAGGGUCCCGUUGUCCUGUCGGUUGUGAUCGGAAAUAUUUUCCAGGGUGGCGGGACAUUAACAGAUCGGCUUACCGAUAUGAUCGCCUCAUUGUGCCUAACGUCUCAGUCUAGACCCCAUGCGCUCAGUCGCACCAUCGAUUAUGCAGUUGGAUAUAUUACCAACAUUACUCACAAAGACAAGGGAGACUGGAAUGGCCAUUUCCGGCUUGUUAGCCGUCAUCAACCAGCUAUACCCCAAGGUAUGCAGCCCGAGGCUCUAACUCGCCACCUGUUGGUUAGAAGUCUAAUGCCCUUGUCAUUGAGUCACGGGCUUGUUGUUCUGUUGGUUGCGAUUGCGUGUAUUAACGGCGUCAGAGGGGGGAUGCUCUCCGGUCGCGGGUUAGAACCUCGGGGGUUGCAAACCUUGGGGUUAAGUGUGGCUUCCUGAUAGCGGCUAACAAGCCAGAAGUUACCAUCCCAGUCUCCAGCGUCUUUGUUGGUGAUGUCAUUCUGCCCAUAAUACUAGCCACUGAGUGUCUGCUGGUUGCCUGUUCGUGACCUUUGCCACCCAUACGAAACUUGUUGGAUUUGAGGAGCCAGUAAAUCCGCGUGCACCCGAUCUGUAGCGACAGAUAAUGACAGGUGGCGAGGUACUGAUGAAUCUUAGUUCGAUGAAAUGCUUUUGAGCCAUCUGGUAGACCCCAGUGGUGGACCAGCUGUGUAUAUGCGCAUGUUUGUGUUUCCGGUCCGAGCUGGUGGUUUGGGUUGUGAUUGGCCGAAUGAAGGCAUAACAAGUCCGAAACAGUACUGCAUCAUUCUACCCGCGUUUUAUGUUAUCCGGCCCCUCUGAUCACACCCGUGUCUGGCCGCAGGUAAACUUUGAAUCAUCCUUUUUUGCAGAGAUGUUCAUGGUAUCCACUCAUUGAUCACGCGCACUUCUGCCAAAGAGCGCUACCUGCUAAACGAUGUAGACUUGGAUGUGAGGACUCCUGUUCUUCGGUGUAUUUUCAAGCGAAACCCACACAAUGCAACCUGGGGGGACAUGCGGCUCUACCUGGAGGCUCAGGUACUUACCUCUGUCAGCACCUUUUUGGCUUUUUGAUUUCUAAACAGUUGUCGCUCACAGAAAACGUUCGUUCCUAAGAUGAGAUUCACCAGAGUAAUCAAGUGAAUCUGCUCAUGAGACAGACUUGUGCAACGUCUGCUUAUAGCUCCCUCCUCGCCUAUGGUAAGGGUCAUAUCACGAAUCCAUCGCGACCUGAUCCUAGUGGGACCUAGUUAUCCUGUCGGUUGUUGACCGUCCAAGCUGGGACUGUUGGCAUGUCGUUACAAGCUAAAAGCUUGUUUGUUUGCGUAUACUGAGAAAAGUAAGCGCGGGAACGAAGCUUGCUCAACGUAGCUCACUUUUCCCCGCCCAGUGUGCUAGAGGCCAGUCCGAGUCGAGAAGAUAGUCGGCGAUAUCGACGCGGUGACUGAUUUAGCAUGAGCCGCUGUCUAACGCCUAUCAUACAUGGGCUAGGAUCUUGCACGCGUGUAUGAGAUAUUCCGUAAAGGCCGCAUUUAAAACGAGCACUUGUAGUUUGACCAUUGUUCCUUUUUUAUAUAUAUUUUAGGUAAUAGGCAACGCCCCUGAUGACCCUAUUGAAAACGGUACAUACAAUGUAAAUGUUGAAUUCACAUCUUACUAAAAUUGUGUCAGUAACAUAUUGGUUUACGGAAAACGUUUUUAUAGGGCGGGGCUGCGAAAGGUGCGGCAGGCGGUAUUUUCAAUAUAAAUAUGAAAUUUUAAGUGCAAUAAUAUUGGAUCAGCAUAAACUGCAGUCAUUUGCGUAGUUUGAGAGGGAAAAUUUCAUUAAACGUCAGGGAUGUGUUACAUAGGGACGAAAUCAGGAAAUGAAAUGUAUGCCUGUAAAGGUCUAGGUUGCGCCGACAGCUGGCAUCCUCCCAGGUCACUACUUUUUAGAUCGCGACGAUGUUUUCAAGCACGUCAGACUGAUUACAAUGGCUAGUUUGCUGAGUUUCCAUAAAUAAACGUAGUUUUAUGUCGGCCGCGUUUUAUUCCUUCUCGCACGCACCACUAGUCUGUCCAAGCCUUCUUGCGACCAUUGAUCAGAUCGACCGCUGUGACCAACGAGGCGUGAGCCUCCGUUCUGAUGCAUGUGAUACGUCAGUGUCGUCCAUUUUCUGGCUGAACGAAACAGCAGUGCAACCGGCUUGACGGUCAAUUGUUGUGUCGUCUCUACUGCAACCAUCGCUACUGCCCUCUUAUAAGUAGCCACCAUUGGACUAAGUGCCUGUCCUCCACAAUAUCUCCCUCGUUCCAGUCCGAUUUAGGGUUACAUUUUCGCUUCGCUUUUGAUCGGACAUUUUAAGCUCCGCGUUUGACGGACGGGAUUUAGUCGUACCUCCCACACAGUGGACUCCUCUGAAGCCCCUCUUUUUGUUGCGGGAUUUGUGACACUGAAAGCAUUUCUUCCCCCCCCCCCCGCUUAUUUGAUUUUUAAGGUAGCUGCGCGAUCACUGGAGAUUUGGGGCUCCGAGGCGGCACUGGAGGCGGAACGUGCACGUCGUUCGACUCAACGAGAGAAUCUCAAACUUAAGUCUUUUGAGAAGAAGCUGAAAAGUUUGUCCAAUUUACUAUUUCUGCAUUGUUUGUGCUCCCUUUUGAUGACUGAAGGCCUCAGCGACCGCUAAUUUCGUAGUGCGUCUUCAGCACAAGCCUUUGUGUUUUCACCGUGAAAUGAGAAUCUUUUGUGCUACCAUAAAUUUCCUUUACGUUGUUUAAUUUCCUAGGGAAUCAUUGCGCGGUCUUUGAGAAGGUCCCUGAGAAUAAGGCUUUUAAGAUCCGACUCGAGAGUUUUAAGUGAAUAUUCGAGCUGCAAUCCAUCAGCCACCGCGGAAUGACCGCGUAAUAUUUGUAAGCUGCCAACAGGCAGUUAGUAGUACAUAAAUACCAAGUGGUCUGUUAUAUUUACAACACAGGUACUAGCUAAGAGCCCAGGCGCGCGCGUUCCACCAAUUUUGCGCGGCUGCGGGACGCGGAUGCGAGGGAUUCGACUUAGCAGUAGGCUCCCAACGCUCUCCAUGUGUUUCCUAAUAUGCAAACUCCAGUUUCCAGAUCGGCGAAACACGCGUAUUUGAGUCUUUAUCUAAUGCCUGCGCUGUCGGUAUGGUAUGGUGUUUGCAUACUACUGACUGCCUGCUGGGGGCUUAUGAAUAUUACACGUUUAGUCCGCAGUAGCUGAUGAAUUCGUACUCGUGUAUUCAUGUACAAACUUUCGAACCUGGCUUAGAAGUCUGUAUUCUGAUAGAUUUUUUCCAAGUCCGCGCAUUACUUUCCCUGGAAAUUAGACAUGGCAGUCUGGAAGUUGCAGUUUAUAUACCGGAAAACACAUGGAAAACACUGGGAGCCCACUAGUGAGUCGAAGCCCUCACACCUGCGUCAUGCAGCUGUACAAGAUUGACGAAACAUGCAUCCCCAGGCUUCUAUCUAUCACCUGUGCUGCCAGUGUGUUAAACAACUUAGUCUCACCUUGGUUGCCUCGAUGUUUUGCAUAGACCUGGACAUUCUUCACGCAUCUUUUGCCUUCUUCUACUUGCAGUAAUACUCGUCACCACUGAUUUAGUUGUUGUAGGUCCAUUACAUCUCAAACGAUCGCCCUCCACUUUAGACGGUCGGCACCGGACUUCUCUAAAAAUAUAAAUCAAUCGGCACAUUCUGCCAGAUACUCGCUAUCUAGUCGGUCACCACUCCAAAUUACGUCUUCAGUUGGGCGUUCCGACGCUGUCACCAAUCGGGCCGGCAUCUGAGUGAUAUUAAAUUUUGGACGAUUUUGGCGUAGUAGAUCUCAGUCGGCGGAUAGGCAGGGCGUGCUUUAAGGAUAUGUUCGUCUGCUGGAGACGCCACCAGAGGGACUAGUUUGUAGGGUGGAGCGCAGCCACCGUUAAUCAAAAAAUUGUAUGCAACGGACGUCUGAACGGGCAGAUUGUUUCGCUGGCAGCCUUCUAUACUCGCAGCUUGGUCUAUACAAUAUAUUCACGUUGACUUUAUAUGCUUCGCUGGAGUCGAACUACAACCACGUCCACCCGGUUAAUCCGAUUGUUAACGUCGUUCUUACUUUGUCCAAUUGCCAGAAAGUUCAGAUCAACUUAGAAAAAGUUGUUCCUGAACCCGGAAAUUUCACUGUCUACAAGCACAGGCACCACCACCACCACAGGCACCACCACAGGCACCACCACCACCACAGGCACCACCACCACCACAGGCGGCACCACCACCACCACCACCAAAACCACCACCACCACCACCACCAUCAUCAUCAUCGUCGUCGUCAUCAUCAUUAUCAAUUCAUUUUUGUUUCAGCCAUUAGGAGGACUGACUUGGACGAGCCGUAACUUCUUUGUGGGUUUCCGCGUUGACUUUAGCCAGAUUCAGUUAGUCAGUCGCAGCUGUGCCAAACAACCGCAAAAUUCCGCGAAAUCUGUGCCCAGACUUUUCGCCACUAGCCUACUUGGAAGUAUGGCAAACAAAUGUCUCCACAGUCUGGUGAAUGUCUCCCUAAGUGCAAUCCCAAACGACCAUCUUCGCCUGGGAGGAAUUAGUGUUUAGGCACAUACCUACUGUCAUUACGCCUAUUUGAAUUGGUUCGUUUUUGUAAAGGAGCUCGCCGUCACCACAACGCCACCAGCGUGGUCCAGAUUUGCACUUCACAGAUUAUGGUUUGCCGUAACAUUUGGAUGGCCAAUCAUCGUGUGCCAAGGAAGCCAUUCGAGUACUUAACUGGGCGAAUUUACCGGGUUGACACAGCCCUUAGAGACGCUAGUCCUAACAUCGAGAGAAUUACUCGAUCGGCCAUUCCAGUCUCCCUUGUCUUUGUCGGUAAUGCUAUUCUAUCUUAGUGCUUGUUUUGUUAUAGCGGACUGUGAUUUGUAAUUUCAGUAAGAAUGCCUAAUAAGAGGAAUAUGCAAUGGCCGCAUGCAUUACAAAUAGUACCAUGUUGUAGUAUGAAUGACGGCAGCAAGGACUGCACUUAAACGUUUUCCAGUCAAGCCGGAAAUACCAAUUCAGGUAGUCGACAAAACCUUCCGUUUUUACACCCCUUUUGUGCAGGUUACUUUUUUCCGACUCUUUUACUUUGGUAUGCCUCCCCUUUUAUUUCGAUUUCGGGAAAUUUUACUGAGAAAAGUUUUUAUGUGUUACCUAUAUGCCCUGGUGUUUCCUCCUCUGCUACUGAGUUGCAUGAUUACUAAUUCAGCAAAGCCACAAGUCUACACUCUCUCACCUUUUCUCCUAAGACCAUAUUCUUGUUUUUUUGUCAGCUUUGCGAAUGCAGACACGGAGCAGUCUCUUCUCGAAGAAAUCGGAACAGCACGAACAUUCAUUCGGUUCUGAAACCUAUGAUGAGGCCAAGGACAUUUACUUCAAAACAUGUACUACUUGCAACUUCGUAGUAGAGUUCGAAAAACUGUGA